AUGGAAAACAAGCUGGAUGUGUUCAGGAGAGAGUUAGUGGAUGUGCAGGGUGUCCCCCUCUUCUGGAGCAUUGCUGAGAAGUGGGCUCAGGUGCAGUCGUUUGAGGCCUGGCCCGAUGACCUGCUGAUCUCCACCUACCCCAAGUCUGGAACAACUUGGAUCAGUGAAAUACUGGACUUGAUCUAUAACAAUGGAGAUGCAGAGAAAUGUCACCGGGAUGCAAUAUACAAGCGUGUGCCCUUCAUGGAGCUUAUCAUUCCUGGAUUUUCAAAUGGUCUUGAACAAUUGAAAAACAUGCCAUCUCCUCGAUUAGUGAAAACACACUUACCUGUUCAACUUCUCCCUUCUUCAUUUUGGAAAUAUGACUGCAAGAUGAUCUAUGUGGCAAGGAAUGCCAAAGACGUGGCUGUAUCUUACUACUAUUUCCACCAGAUGGCAAAAAUGCAUCCAGAGCCUGGCACCUGGGAAGAAUUCCUAGAUAAAUUUAUGGCCGGGAAGGUGAGUUUUGGUUCCUGGUAUGACCAUGUGAAGGGCUGGUGGGAGAAAAGGAAAGAUUAUCGUAUCCUUUACCUGUUUUAUGAAGACAUGAAAGAGGAUCUCAGAAGUGAAAUUCAAAAGUUAUUAAAGUUUCUAGAGAAAGACAUGCCAGAAGAAACUGUGAAUAAAAUCCUCUAUCACAGUUCUUUUAAUGUAAUGAAGCAAAAUCCUAAUGCAAAUUAUACUACUUUGACAAAAGAAGAAAUGGACCACUCGGUGUCUCCUUUCAUGAGAAAGGGUAUUUCAGGAGACUGGAAGAAUCAGUUCACUGUAGCUCAGUAUGAGAGAUUUGAAGAAGACUAUGAAGAGAAAAUGAAAAAUUCCUCACUGAAGUUUCGAUCAGAAAUCUGA